CCGAGAUUAGGAUCGACUCCCUUAGCCAUGUUGGCUGCAACGUGUAACAAGAUUGGAACUCCAAGCCCGUCGCCCUCUUCGAUAUCAGAUAACUCUGCUGCUUUUGGAAAAGGUUUUCAUCCGUGGAAAAGAGCUUCUGCGAGUAGCUGCAGUUUGGGCUCAGGCUUAUCCACGUUUGGGGUGACCCGCGGUGGGUCAGGACUCUCGGACUCAUUCGGAAGCAACAGUUCCAGUGGAUCCAGCGCUUUUUCGUUAACACCUGGAACCUCCACCAAUGCACACUUUGGAAACGACUACUCUGUUUUUCAGGCAUCGGUUUCAAACAGUUCGCAGGAGGGAGGGCACCAGCCGGUGUUUAUUUCCAAAGUACAUACUUCAGUGGACAGUCUGCAAGGUAUCUAUCCGAGAAUGAGUGUAACACAUCCGUAUGAGUCUUGGUUCAAGUCAUCCCACCCUGGUAUUCCGACUGGAGACGUGGGCACCACGGGUGCAUCUGCAUGGUGGGAUGUCGGAGCAGGAUGGAUUGAUGUCCAGAAUCCAAACGGAACCACCCUACAGUCUUCCUUGCAUUCGGGGGGACUUCAGACCUCAUUGCAUUCGCCUCUGGGGGGCUACAAUUCGGACUACUCCAGUUUAAGUCAUUCAGCUUUCAGUACAAGUGCAUCUCCUCAUUUGUUGACCACUAGUCAGCAUCUGAUGGACGGCUUCAAACCAGUCCUUUCAUCCUACCCCGACUCAAACCCAUCUCCCCAUGGUGCAGGUGGCACCAUGCUGGCGGGGGGGCCAGCGGCAUCACUGGCGGGGUCGCCGCGUUCCUCAGCGCGACGUUACUCAGGCAGAGCCACCUGCGAUUGCCCUAACUGUCAGGAGGCAGAGAGACUGGGACCUGCAGGUGCGAGUCUGCGGCGCAAAGGACUUCACAGCUGUCAUAUCCCAGGCUGCGGGAAAGUAUAUGGUAAAACGUCUCACCUGAAGGCUCAUUUACGCUGGCAUACAGGGGAGAGGCCGUUUGUUUGUAACUGGCUGUUUUGUGGAAAGAGGUUCACGAGGUCAGAUGAACUUCAGAGACACCUGCGCACACACACCGGCGAGAAACGCUUUGCUUGCCCCGUCUGCAACAAGCGCUUCAUGCGGAGCGACCAUCUCAGUAAACACGUCAAAACUCAUAGUGCAGGAGGCUCCGUGGGAUCAGGAUCAGGUGGCAGCGGGGGCAAGCGGGGAAGUGACACCGACAGCGAACACAGCACCCCUGGUAGUCCUCCCUGUCAUUCUCCCGACCUGCUGCCACCUCCUGAUUCCACUCAAACAGCAGGCAUAAAUGGUCUAAGUAACUCUUUGGACUGAGUUAGAUUUUACGUAGCCUAGGCCUUCUCUUUGGUGGCAUAUGGACAUUGCAUUUUCCGUAAACUAUUUGGAUGCACUCUGUUAAGUAAAUUGAUCCGGUCCGAUCUCAUUUGAUUGGGUUUAUGAGGAAAGGACUACGAAUCACACUUGUAUCGACGACAAAGACAACGGGCACUAUAUGCCCUUAAAGUAUACCUUAUAAAGACUUAAAUGACUUUAAAGUAAAAAAAAUACAGGCACAAAUUAACAUUACAUUAGCCUAAUGUAGGCUAUGCCUGCAUUUGAACGCACAGUGGUUACAUGCAGGGCAAGUGUGUUUCUGUUACUCUGCUCUGAUAUUAAAUGAAGAGUCAAAAUACUAAUAAUCUGUAAGUCAUUAUGGCCUGCAGUGGCCUGCCGAGUUAAUGAGAACAUGUUUUCUUAAAUCCAAACUGUGGCACUUUAUACUGGAACCCUGCGUGACGUACGUGUGCCUUUUCAUGGGCAAUUUGUAAGAACUUGUAUGUUGUGUUUUGUAGUUUUCAUUUCGUCAUCUACUCUCUUUUGUUUAGUAUUUGAGAGACAAAAAAUAUAUAUCACAAAUUGGUCUUUAUUC